GAUAGUGCUACCAUUACCUAAAAACAAUGGAAGAGUUGCAAAAGAGUAUAAGCAAUUUGGAUUUGAGAACGGACCUCAAUGAGCAAUUUCUAUUAACCAAUGAUCCGAACUGUCAUAUAAUAAUAUUUUCAUGUGACACAAAUUUAAAAGUUCUAUGCCAAUCUGAGAUUAUAUACAUGGAUGGAACUUUUGAAUAUUGCCCCAAGUUAUCAAAAAUAUGCUGACUAUUUAGUUGACACUUAUAUCUGUGAAGAGGCUAAAUUUCCACCAAUAAUUUGGGCUUCGAAUAUUGCGUCACUAGGUCUCACUACUAAUGCUUGCGAAUCCUAUCAUUCACGUUUCAAUUCCGAGUUCUAUCACCCACAUCCUACUAUUUAUCACUUUUUGGACGUACUGAAAGGAUUUCAAACAGAAACUUUGAUUAAAAUUAAAAGUAUACAUCUUAAAAAGCGAAAAUCUACUAUCAACAAAAAUCGUUUGGAAACUUUUCAACAAAUAUUUGAAGACUACAGACAAAAUAAAAUUGACAGAAAAGGCUUAGUUUCGUCUUUAAGCUAUAAGUAUAAAAAAAAGCUGAGUAAGCAGGUAGAAAGCUAGGUAUUUUAUUUCAAAAAUUAUAUGUUUUAUUUAUUUAUAAUUAUAAUAUGACGGAUUUUUAUAA